CCCAGCCUGCCUCCGCGCGCCUCGCGUUCACAUACGUCGCCUUCACACCGAGGUCGAGGUGCCACGGCCGGCCGGGGAUCAUCUAUGGCCGCCACCGGAUUCAACUCCAAAGCGUCGCCGCUGGAGCCACAUCCCAUCAGGGCUUUCAUAUCCAAACGUGAGACCGGCGAGAACUCAGAGUCCAGCUUCGAGGCCACCACCACCACCGUGCAGCACGUCCUCAGGAUCAAAGGAUACCCAGCGCUGAGCGAGAUCUACCCAAACGGCAAAGGCUUCAGGUCGGACUCCUUCCCCGUGGGAGGCACGAGCUGGCACAUCGACUUCUUCCCCAAUGGCGACAACCCGGAGAGAGCUGGCUUCGUGUCCGUUUUCGCCGUUCUCGAUCGCACGGGCACCGGGGUCUCCACCAUGGCCAAGGUCGGGUUCGACCUGCUCGACCAGGCCACCGGAGAGCCCGUGCCGCGCUACGCUAGGGCCGGCAACAUCCACGAUUUUACCCAGCUGGGUGAAUACUGGGGCUUUGGCGACUUCAUCAAGCGGGAAGAGCUCGACAAAGACAAGGACUUGCUCAAUGACGGCAGUGCUCUCUCCGUCAGGUGCAACGUCAUGGUCCUUGAUUUCCUGGCAGCCCCCGCCAUGCCGCCGCCACCGGACUGGCCACUGCACCUGCGUGACCUCCUGCAUAGCGGGCAGGGCGCGGACGUGAGGUUCCUGGUCGGCGAGGAGACUUUCGCCGCGCACCGGUGCCUGCUGGCGGCGCGGUCGCCGGUGUUCAAGGCGGAGCUCUAUGGCCCAAUGAUGGAGGGCGCCACCCACAGCAUACGGAUCGACGGCAUGAGAGCCGAGGUGUUCAACAACUUGCUGCAUUUCGCAUACACCGACUCGCUGCCGCAGUCGGAGCACCAAGACGACGAUGACGACGACGUUGUGGUCGCGAUGGCCCAGCAUCUCAUGGUGGCUGCGGACAGGUAUGCCAUGGAGAGACUCAAGCUGCUCUGCGAGGACGUGCUACGCCGGAAAAUCAGCGUGGCGACGGCGGCGACCACUCUGGCCUUGGCUGAGCAGCAUGGCUGCCACAGGCUAAAGGAGGCGUGCUUUGAGCUCAUCCUCAGGUCUCCAACCACACUAGAUCAAGCCAUGACACCAGAUGACUUGGAUCAUCUCUCCAAAACCUGCCCUUCUCUUUUGAAUGAGUUGACCUCCAAGCAUGCCGCCAUUUAUUCUAACCUCAACAAUGAAAAGCCGGAGAAAUCGCUUCCUUCAUCAAACAGAAAAAGGAGAAGAGCACCGACACCAAGCUUGGGGGCGGCCACCGUUCGCCACACCCGCCGGCGCCCCGCUCCAACACCCAGCGCCAACCAGCUCCCUGCUCGCCGUCUUCUUGGUUGAGGAGAAGGAGGAUGACGAGGAGAUGCGAGGCACACGGCGGAAGAGGAGGACAACGCAAGGAGACGGCAGGCGCACACAUCAUGUUUAAACAUCUUCGCAGGAAUAUAUGCAGAGGAAAAUUCAUAAAUAAUUGAUGAGUACAUGCAAUAUAAUUGAGCUCAACUUCUUGCCCAUUUGGUAUUACAUUGGGAUGUCGUGUAAGUGGGUAUUCAUGUUUCCCUGUGCCUUGUGUUUGUACGUGCCAUCAAACAUCUUGAUUCGGAUGGGACCUAUGCCUACAAUCUUGCAUGGUGAAUUAUGAAAACCCAAAACAAAACCCGCAGCAGUAGUAGAAUCAAAAGUAGUAAACCAAUCUCUACGUGGGCACAUAUGAAAAGUACAUGCAGUGUCAAGUACCCAGUCAUCAUUGGUCUCAGCAC